AGGUCUCCGAGUCAUCGUACUUCUCCCUAUCAAGUCGAAAAUACUCCCAAGAGGAAAUGUAUGACAAAUGAGCAGCUUAACAUACUUGACCCCUAUUAUGCCAAAAACAAUCGCCCUACGAAUGAUGAUAUCGAAUCACUGGCCAAGGCGAUUGAUACUCCAGCCCAGAAAGUUAAGAACUGGUUCAAUAAUCGGCGCGCCAAAGAGGCUAGACUACAACGGAAUUCAUCGGAUAUGUUAUCGCAAUGCUUCUGGAACAUGAGCAUUGAUGAUACCGAUGACUUGACCGAUUCGGACGACAACGAUGACGAGCACGAGUCGGCUGAUGCCCAAGGUGCCCUAAACCAAGGGGAUCUGGACCAAGAAGCUCUUUAUCAAGAAGCCCGCGCCUGUGUAGCGACGAUGGCAGAAAUGUCACCCGAGGAAGUCGAUAUGCUGUUCAUCGAGCAAGAAACCCACGCCGCCCGCGCCUGUGUCUUGGCCAUGGCCAAGAUGACACCAGAGGAAGUCAAUGCGGCGUUUAUUCUCAACAACCUCAAGCGACGAAUCAUUGUUCAUCCUCCUCAAAAAUGACAACGUGACGUGUUUUCAAGCGUUUGACUGGCUCCUUGUUAUUGAUACCCGACAUGAAUAUGAUGUACUUAUAUUGGCCCCAGUAGGCAUCAUGCACUGCAGUGAGGCAGCCCACCAUCUUCUAGCACGUAAAAGAUCGCACUCCAUCAUAGGGUCAGCGAUACAAAUUAUCAUUUGAGAGAUUCUAGCGGUCCUCCGAUUAUCCGCUCCUGGUUUGUGGAAGUCUUGACGACUGCUGGCAGAACUUGAAAAGGUCCUCUGAAAUUGAGUAAAGUUCU